GGGCCUGGCAGCAUCCACUAGGAUCACUGGCGGUAAGAAAAGCAGCUGCUACCUUCAAAUCUCUUUCUGGGCUUGCAAAUAAGAUAAAACUUGCCUACACUAUGCUCACCCUUCCUUCUUGCAGAGCUUAAAUCUCACAGUAAACUACUUUUCCACAAAAUACAUGACGCUCGCAUCUGGUUGCCCUAGCCUGCCGGAACAAACGAGGGUACAGUUUGGUUCUAUGGAUGAGCUUCCGUGCUAUACAGGGGGCAAUUUAUGUGCGGGGGAAAAUGAUGACUGGGAUCCUGCUGGGUGACGACUGUGAGCACAGUGGUGGAUCUGAGGAAUCUGCAGAGGAUGGAUCAGCAGAUGCACAACCGCUGAGCAAUAUUGAACUUGUUCAAGAUGGCUUCAAAGAAACUGAAAAUCUCGGUCUGUAUAACUGGACUGAAGCAAUUGCUCACGAACAACAAACGUCAACAGAAAGCAGCGUCUUCGAACUGCCAAAGAACUUGCAAAUUAGCAAAGAAGAGGCCCAGAAGCAGUCAUUCCAGCUCGACGACUUUCUGGUCUUCGGCUGCAGUAACGCAACAAGAAUUGCUGAAGAUACAGGAACAUUCAGAUUGUAUGAUGAAUUUAACGUCGCAGACCCUCAACUGCCCAGGCAACAAUCUGUACAAAAUGUAACUCUGAAUAAAUUUGAACUCCCUUGCACCUCAUCCGAAGUUGAGGUAAUAGAUUUGUCUACACCCUCACCUUGCUACAAUGUGAGUACAGGGAAUAAAGAAGAGACUCUCUGUUGGAUGUCCUGAAAUAAUAGACUUGACCAAUUCCCCAUGUUUGUUUAAAUACAGAAAUAUGUCUUAGAAUAAUGUAAUUACUGCUGGAUGAUGCAAAUAAUAUAUGCGAUCCAGAAAUAAAUUGAGUUUCUUACACACUUA